CAUUGUUCCAUUCCUCUUUUCUUUUACUUGCCAUUCUCAAAACCUUCUUCUCAACCCUAAAGCUAUAGUAGAUAUCUAGUGCUGUUGAGUCCUACCAAAACUCACAUAAAAAAGUUUCAUAUUUUUAGCCAAUUAAACCAAGAUUUUGUUUGAGCAGAUUCUUGUGUCUAGCUUACAUGUGAAAAAGAAAAAAAAAUGGAUAUGCAAAUUAUAGAGCAGCAAAAAUAUUUGUAAUGAAGAGAGCAAUGGAGAGAGAGAUAGAACAAGUCGAAGGAGGGCGAAUCCUCCGGUCCACUGGCCGGAAGGACCGGCAUAGCAAAGUAUAUACUGCUAAAGGUCCAAGAGAUCGCAGGGUUCGGCUAUCUGCUCUCACCGCUAUUCAAUUCUAUGACUUGCAGGACCGACUAGGAUAUGACAGGCCAAGCAAAGCUGUGGAUUGGCUAAUCAAGAAAGCAAAAAAUGCCAUUGAUAAUCUAGCAGAAUUACCUCCAUGUAACCCAAAUGAACAUGGUAUAAAUAAAAUGCCCAUAAGUAUAGAAGCUGAUGUGGAUUCAAGAGGGAUUAUUGCCUUAGAAUCUCAACCACUUAUGGAUUCUUCUUCUAGAUUCUUGUUCCAAAGGCAAUUAGCAGAAGAUCCAAGCAGUAGUUCUUCACACGUGAUGCAAGCACUUGAACCUGAGACGUCAUCUGUUGCAGAUACCUCGAAAUCAUUCUUCCCAAUGAAUUCCGGGACAACAUUAAUGAAUUUCCUAAGCUUUCCACAUGAAGCAAUGUCUAGAGAUUCAAUCCAAAAUGAAGAUCUUGGAUUAUCACUUCACACCAAUUUACAUGACCAAAAUUCCAACCAUAGUACAAAUUUAGUCAAUUUUGAAGCAAAUUAUAAUCCAAGAAUGGCAAAUUGGAUAAUACCCCAUCAACAAUUUUUGUCCCAAGGGGGUAUAUUUUCUCAAAGAGAACCCCUUCAGUCCAAUUUUUCACAAUUAAUUAGUCAUGCUUGGGAAUUACAGCAACCAAUGGCAAGUGCAGAACAUAAAUCUUCAAUUUCCAAUAGCAAUUUCAAUGGAGAUUUUCAAUUUCCUGGUAGAUUAAUUCAAGGUGAAGAGGAUAUUAAUGGAGUGAUUUGCAUUAAGCCAUCUUCAGGUUCUUCAAGUUCUCAACAUUGAAUGGUUAAAAAGAGUAAUAUUUUCAUUCCUUAGGUAAUCACUCAAAUAUUACUUUAAUUGAGUGUGUAUUUGGUAUGAAGGAAAAUAUUUUCCGGCAGAAACUUUGUCUCUCCAAAUGGACUAUCAGAGAAAAACACAAAAAAGGAAGUUAUUUUUCUUGUAUUUUUAGGAAAUUCAUAAUCCCCAUAGGUUGGAGAUACUUAUUGUUCUAAUAGAUUUGAGAAAGAAAAAUUUAUUAUCCUUGUCGGAUUGGGAAAAUCUUUCUUUUAUAGGUUUGACACUAUUUGAGAUCUAUAUAUAAGGGUUGUAGUUGAGAUUCUAUAAAUUGUGUAUUGUGAUUUUCUUCUCAUUCAUAGUGAAAAACUCUCUCUACUUCUGCCUCGAGGAUUAAGCUUAGCUGAACCUCGUUAAA